AUGGAUUCAGAUUCAGAUUCAGGUACUUCCUCUAAUGCUUCUUCUAGUAAUAGUUCUGACUCUGAUACAAGUUUAGAAGAUUCUUCUGAUUCUAGAGACUUACUACUAGAUACAGAAGAGAAAGAGUACUUAGAUAGUUUUAUAGAAAUUAAUUUUGUUAAGAAGAAGGAGCCACCUACAAGUAUUGCAACUGUGAAGUAUAAAAUUAAGCCUUUAAAUAUCUCUGCUAUAAAACUUGAUUCUAAAGCAAAGUCUUCUAUAGUAACUGAAAAUAUUGUUGAUCAUAUAAAGGCUAAAAUUAAUAAGUCUGAAACACAUGAUUUUAGUAAUAUUACUACUGUUUUAAUUAAAUCUAUUGGAGUAGUUUAUAAUUUAUCUAUUACUCUAGAUCUUGGACUUAUCAUUUAUGAAGAUUUUGUUGUUAUAAGAUAUAACAAGCCAACUUUAAUAUUUUCUAACCAGCUUUUAAAGAAAUACAAUUGCACUGUAAAUUGA